AUGCUGGACCACCUCAAGGUGGAGGUGUACGGGGACUCCAUGCCCAUGAAGGCAUGCGGAAUGGCCACUGUGCGUGACCCACAGUUGCUUGUUUUCAACGUGUUCGACCCCCAGACUCUGCACAGUGUUGAGAAUGCGAUCCGUGAUUCCCCACUGGGCCUCAAUCCUCGGGUGGAGGGACAGGAUCUGCUCAUCCCCGUGCCCCGACCGACUGCAGAGACCCUGACAGCACUGAAGAGGGUGUGCAAGACCGAGGGUGAGCAGGCCAAGGUGACGAUUCGGCAGUGUCGCAAGGCGGCCUUGGACGAGGUGAAGAAAGUAACGGCCGAGGACGAGCGCUUCCGGCUGGAGAAGGAGGUGCAGGAGGUGACAUCCUCCUUUGUUGCCCAGGUCGAUGCCCUGGUGGCGGCCAAGGAGAAAUCCAUCACGCAGCACACAGCCUGA